AUGGCCGUCUUCUCAAACAUUUCCUCUUGUGAGGAAUCCAACCCAGUCGCUCGCUUCAACCCAGCCCCGACAUUUGCCAACGACCCGGCCCCCACGUUUGCCAACAAUAACCACCCCAGUGACUCUGCUAAGAGGGUGUCAGAAACAGGCUGCUACUGGCCUGAUGGCACGCCGGCUGAUGGCACCGCAGCCUCGGGAGAUUCAAGUAGCCUCGGGCCCUUCUAUCCCUGUCUCGACUCUGGCAAAACAUACUCGCCCAAUGACUCAGUGGUCUGCUGUUCGUCGGGUGAUAUAUGCUUCGGAGAGGCCAAUCUGUGCGGUGUAGCAGACACAGACACAGGCGGCGAGGGAAACACCGCGGUGGCGGUAAUGUAUCGUGGGGGAUGUACCGCGCAGCCAGGCGCGUGGGAAAAGGCACCCGGCUGUCCGCAGAAAUGUCUUGAUCAUGCGAGGCCCUUCGCAAAUGCAGUCAACGGCGUGGUCAUGGUCAUGUCGUGUGACAAUUCAGAUCGUGCCGACAACUUGACCUUGUUCUGCUCCAAUGAUGCCCUUGACCCUACCAAGUGCGAUCACGAUGGGGCCUCACUUGAUGGAUACGAUAUUGCUGAGGCUUGGGGUAUGAUGGAGAUCCAUGGAACCGCUCUCUCAACGGUCACCUCCAUCCCCCUGGCCAAAACCUCAAGCACUUCAAGCACCUCGAGCACAUCGAGCACGACCUCGACCAUGGCCAUGGGUACGCCGCCUACCAAUGUGACGGCUCCCAACUCACCCAAUACGACCACCAUCAUCCUCGCCGUCGGCAUCCCGCUCGGGCUCCUCUUCUUCUUCGGCAUGGUCGCCCUCACCUUUGUGUGCUACCGCCGCCGCCACGCCCCCGAGACCGAGCCCGAGCAAAAACGGAGCUCCUUCACAGUCCUCAGCGUCAACCAACCGAAUACCAAGCCAACCGACACCAACUCCCUCGGCACAGUCCACUCAGAGCGCCACGCCAUCCCGGGUCCCCUCUCCUCCAACCCCAUCCUCCCCUUCUCCCCAUCCGACGGCGACCUGACCACCCUAGCCGGCACCUCCACAAUCCCGCAGCAAUCCGUCCACACCUCCCCCCAUCCCUUCCCCUCCAACAACACAAUCCCCUACAUCUCCCACCCCGACCCUCCCCCUCCCCCCGAAUUUUUUUUACCCAACACGCUGCCCGGGGGGGGGGGGGGGGGG